AGGUGGGGUCCUGGGCGCUCUGGGCCCUGGGAUGCGGUCAGGGCAGGGGAGGAAGCCGGUAACGUCACCGCGCGUCAGCCGGCACAGGGAAGCCCUCACCGCAGCCGGAUGCGGCAGGUGCCGGGAGCCAGCCUGAAGUGCUCCUGUGCCUGGACCACAACAGCAUGUCGACAGAAAAGCUCAAGAACCACAAAAUCAUCUUCGUGGUGGGUGGCCCUGGCUCAGGGAAGGGGACCCAGUGUGAGAGGAUCGUGCAGAAGUAUGGCUAUACCCACCUCUCCACGGGGGACCUGCUGCGGGCAGAGGUCAGCUCGGGCUCAGAGCGGGGCAAGACGCUGAAGGCCAUCAUGGAGAAGGGCGAGCUGGUGCCCCUGGACACGGUGCUGGACAUGCUGAGGGAUGCCAUGGUGGCCAAAGCAGAUGUGUCCAAGGGCUUCCUCAUCGAUGGGUACCCCCGCGAGGUGAAGCAGGGAGAGGAGUUUGAGAAGAAGAUCGCCCCCCCCACGCUGCUGCUCUACGUGGACGCAGGGAAGGAGACGAUGGUGAAACGCCUGCUGAAGCGGGGCGAGACCAGCGGGCGGGUGGACGACAACGAGGAGACCAUCAAGAAGCGUUUAGAGACCUACUACAAGGCCACCGAGCCCGUCAUCACCUUCUACAAGGGCAGAGGCAUCGUCCGCCAGCUCAACGCCGAGGGCUCUGUGGACGAGGUCUUCCAGCAGGUCUGCUCCCACCUCGACGCCCUGUAGCCGAGCCCCUGGCCCCACUCCCCCCCCGGCACGCUCCGGCAGAGACAGCGGAAGCGCCUUUAUCCUGUUUUCGAGGCCGGAGCCGCGCGGAGGAAAUUUCAAGGACAUUGUGUUUGGCUCUUUCCCGUCUCUCCCCAGUAAAGUUCCCUGUAAUGA